UUUUUAUUUAUUUAUUUUAAUUUUCCUCCAGUGUCAGGUCAUUUUACAUUCAUUAAGACCUUUUAACGGUGUAGUUUGUAUAGCCACGUGGUUUGUGUUCCCGUUUGACCGACCGACCGAGGACAGCAGUUUGGUGUUGAGCAUUUUAAAGGAGCAGCUGCGGGACGUUUGGACGAACCAUGUCUGACUCCAUCCUGCUGCUUCUCAUCCUGCUCCUGCUGCUGUGUUUGGUCGUGACAGUGGGGGGCUUUCUCUUCUAUUCUGGGCUCCUGUCUGAAGUGGUGAUAAAGACCGGGCCGCCUCCUAUCAAAAACGUGACUAUAGCCUAUAAAUUCAGGGAAGGAUCGUACAAAGACUGUGGAGCCGCUUACACCGAGAGCUGCAGCAUCGGUCCAAAGCUGAGCUCCAUCGGUGUCUUCUACGAUGACCCCAAACAGAGGCCCUCCAAUAAGUGUCGCUACGUGGUGGGCAGUGUCCUGUGUGAGGGAGAAGAGAAGCCAGAUGAAGAACUGCAGAAGCUGUAUGAGAAAUUUGGCUUCAAGGUGUUUUCUCUGCCAGAAGUGAGCCACGCUGUCACCACCAGCUUCCCUUGCAGAACCCAGUUGUCCUACAUAAUAGGACCUUUCAGAGUCUACCCCAAGCUAGCCGCCUACAUUGAGGAUAGGAAGCUGUGUGCGUUCCCAACCAUUGAGAUCUGUAACGCGGAGGUCAUCAACUAUAUGGUCCCACUGUCUCGUCAGACCGAUUUCUUUGUUCCAGAGCUGAGGGAGGAGGUGAAUACGGAUGUGAAAGAAGACGAUUCUGAUGAAGACAGGGGAACUGAUAUCACAGGCGCUGACUCCCACAGUGACGUGAGCUCGGUGAGUGGCAGUGCACCCUGGGACAGCAGAGAGACAUCGCUGGCCGCUUCCACCGCUGCCUCCCUGGCCUCCUCGCUGCCCCUGAGGGACGUAAUGGAUGAGAAUGAAGACAUUAAGCAAAGAGACAACAGCGACAGAGGCACGCUCGGAUCUAUGGGCAGUGGGUCAUCGUUUGAAGAGCUGGACAUGGAUCAGGAUCAGCAUCAAGAGGAAGGCGAGAGGGAAGAAGAAAAAGAUGAAGUGCCUGAGGGAGAGGAUGGAGGUAGAGAAGCUGUUGAACUGGAGGCUGAGAAGAAAGACGAGGCCUUGGAGGCGGGAGAGGAGUAAAGAGGAGA